CUUUUACGGUUCAUUCGUCAGUCAGUCUUUAUAUAUGCAAAUAUAUGUUUGGGAUUACAGUUCGAAGCUGAUCUUCUUUUGAGACGGGCGUGUUGAAAAUUUCGCAAAACAAAAUGCGUUUAUUAACAGUAACUGCAGCUGUAUGUUUGAUGUUUGCUAUUGUUCAAGCUGCUCCGGCUAAGGAAAAGCCGUCCAAAAAUACAUGUCAAAAGGCAUGCACUUUUGACUAUACACCGAUUUGCGCUGGCUUGAAGAAUAGUAAAGAUAAACCACUAUCUUUCGGAAAUAGUUGUGUGCUCGAAAAUUACAAUUGUGAAAAUCAAAAGAGUUUGGUCGUUCUGUCUCAAGGCGAAUGCCCAGGAGGAGGUGGAGUGCGAUUGCAGUAGCUUACGAUCAACAAAUUAUCAUUCCAUUAUACGACUUCUUUUCUGACGGAUGCAUGAACAUGUUAAUUAUGAAAGCAAAGCAUACUCGAAGUUUCUAUAACUAAAA